AUCUCUAGGCACGUUUUGUUUAUACUUUUCGAGCGUAUGGACGAAAUGAUUGAGGCCCGCACGAUGCAGGACGUAUCAAAAUUCGAAUCCAACCAGGUGAUCUCGGCGAAGGUACUCCGCGGCGAGUACCGACUACUGCGACGCAAGCAGCGCGGCUCCGUAUGGAAGGUGUAUCGGGAAAUCGUGCGCACCGAUGGUGCCAUAAUCAAUGGACUCUACUUCUGCACGGGCUGCAAGCGCGUCAUGCGAUCCUUCAACACGUCCAAUCUGCGCACCCAUAAGUGCCAUGUAGACUACCUGCGCACCGAGGAACUUUGCGAGGAGGGUAUCGCGGAAAUCCAUCCACCUCAGCUAGACGAUUCGUUGGAGCGCCGCCUUAGCUGGAACUCCUUUCAGCCAUCGGAGUGGUCCUUCCACGCGGUCGAACUGCUCCUCGAGCUCUGGGCACGUCACUGCGUCGAUUUGAGGGACUCACGCAAGCGGGUCAAGAUUAUCUGGAAAAUGACCGGCGAAAUGAAAUCACUGGGAUUCACGUUCACGGAGAUCAAGAACAAAAUUGAUGACAUGGGCCAACAGUAUCGUCGUGAAUCGCACAUGGAAAAGACAACUGGACACAAAUCCGAGUGGGAAUACUUCGAGACCCUAAAGAUGAUAUUUAGUUCCGAUCGUAACAUAAUUGACAACAUGCCUCUGGAUAAGUCUGGAAGUGUACCCAAUACGAACAGCGUACACAAUUCAUUUGGCAGUCAACUUGACGAACCAUUGAUGGAUACAAACUACCUAAGGUCGCAAAAAGAACACCCUGGAGAAGGGGAUAGCUUCGAUAUAAACGAAUAUGCGGAGGAAGCACAAGAAGACGUGGAUGAACUGCGUAUUCUGAAGGAUAACAUAAUCAGGGAAAUCGAAGAGUCUUCCACAGUUCAUUCCCAGGAGAACUAUGAAGACGAGCUUGAUCAACAGAAUUCCAAGACCGAGGAAAUGAAAAUGGCUAAGCGCCAAAGAGCCGCCAGAAUAAUGGAAAUUGAGGAGGAAAAGCUGGUCAUAGAGAAGAAGAAAUGCAAACUGAUGAAGUUUUUCGUGCGAGAGAUGUCGUCGUUUCAUAAGGACUUCAUGGAUCUUCUAUCUAAUCCCAAAGGCGGCGCACAUGCAUAAAUACCUGUUCGAAAUUUGAGUGAUUGCACAAUAAAGUUCAUUUUGAAUUUCCACCAUUAUUACCGUAAA